GUCAGUGAGAAGUAACUGGAAGGGCGGGUCCUGGGUUCUAUUCAGAUCAAGCCUCCUGGCCCCCAGUGCUGAGAGCUUUCCAGAACACCAGCUCGGGGCGAGCCCAGGCCCUUUGGAUUCACUCGCGUUCGCUCAGUCUCCGUCGAGCAGCUGGCUCUGAGCCCACCAGAGGCAAGGGGGUAUCUAGCUUGCGCACCAGAUGGGCAUCUCCGCACACUGCCGUCCCCGCCUCAACGGGACUCAGCCUAUGGGAGACCCUGACCAUCUCCACAGGCGCCGGGGCAGGCCGCGAGGGACCCAAACCCAAGUGUGCCAGGCCGGGCCGAAGAAGUGUAGGGACACCUGGUGGCUGCGCGCUGACAGCGGAGGAGGGAGGCGCUGACACCGAUUCCUGGGUAAGGCUCUUCGAGCUGCAGCCCAGAUCCAGAAACUGAAAUACAAAGAUGAAGGGACUGAGGUCAUACAGCAAGUUAAGUGACGGAAGUGGAAUCUGAACCCAGAUGCAAGAGGAGGGACCACAGGACGUGGUACUGAGGCCUGCCAGCAAAGGAACUGAGUGGAACCGACUUAAAACAGUAUUAAAAAACUUGUCGCUCUUGAGGCUGCUCAAGAGCUCGAACCCCCGGAUCCAAGAACUAUAUAACCUGGCCAAAAGAUGGAAUUCACUGUUCAGGGUUCUGAGGGUCGUCAGGAUCUCUUCUGGGAACGAUGACAUCUGCAAUAAACUGGAACACAAUAGCGAAGGGCUCCAGGAGGCGAGGUGCCCCAAGAGCAAACUGAAAUCCAAGAAAUUAAAGUCCAUAGGGGAGCCCGAGGUGGGGUUGGGAAAGACGAACAAGGCAGAGCAGCUACCUGAAGCAGAGCCACAGAAAGAAGAGCAGGUGGAGCCCAAGGUCCCAACGACAUUGAAAGGUCAUAGCCUGACCAGUAGCUCCAGAACUCAAGAGAGGCAACCACCCACCAGGAACCCCCGAGUCGACUUCCUGAAGACCCACCAGCAAAGAACUCCCAUGGGGAACAUGAAGCAGCUGGAAGCAGCUGAUCAGUGGGUCUGGUUUGAGGGGCUGCCCACGCGCGUCCACCUCCCAGGGCCCCGGGUGAUGUGCAGAUCAUCCCCCCUGCGCUGGGUCAAGCGCUGCUGCACCCGCUUCUGCUCCGCAUCGCUUGAGUUGCCUAUGUUCCACCCAUACAGGGUGGUGCGACCUUGGAUGGCAGCCAGAGCUGUGAGGCGACGCGGUAGAUUGCGGAUCAUCUGAGCGGGAGGGACGGACCAGGAAAUUUGCGAGUCUACAAAUAAAAUCUCCCAUAUGGCACUGAAGAUACUACCGCUGACUCUGCCUGUUUGGGGCUGGAGACGUUGGAGGAAACGGGCCCUCAGCAAAGGCGGGGGUGGGGGUGGGGAGGCGCGUCACAACUUCAGGCUUCUCCCACCCCAUCCCAGGCGCCCAAGGUCAGUCUAGCACCUGGAACAAAAAAGCCAGCGAACUGGCCUCCUGCGUGACACACUCUAUUAAGUCAUAACAGGGGAAGAUUUAUCGGGUGCUUUCUGGGUACAGGCCCAGGUAUGCCACAAUGGUCCUUCAAGCCACGGAGAUGGAGAAUGGCGGCGCCCAGACGGGAAGUGACUCGCCCAGGCUCCCACAGCGAGGAAGUAGUGGAGCAAGAACUCCACUCUAGGUCUCCUUGAUGCUCUCCAUUUUAUUCUCCGAAGAGAGGAAAAAGGCGCAGUGGAGUGUCCAGCCCGUCACUCACGCUCAUUGUGCCAUGCGGGGUGUCAAUAAACGGGUGUCAGCUGGGCCCUGAAAUGUGCCCCACCUGGGUCACAUGGAGCACCGAGUCAGGCGGGGAGUUGGUACUGCAUCUCUACAGCUCCCGUGUGACACGGCACGUCCACCCUCCAGUCCCAAGUCCUGGUCGACCCCCUCCGGUUGGGGUCACCCCCUGCGGGGCACUGAACAAGCAGCUGGGGAGCGGAAAACCCUGGGAGUCCAGGCUUUUUCUGGGUGAAGACGAUAAUUCUCCAUAUUCCCUAGAGGCAAGCUGCGCCGAGUGGGUGCCCUGGGAAAAGCAGCGCAGCCAUCUAGGGGCGCGGAGCCCUCCCUCAGGGAGCCAGGGCAGUGCCCGA